AUGGGGGCAGGCGCCCAGCUCAGCCAGCUCACGCUGGACCCCCCCUGGAUGCCGGUGUUCGUGCUGGAGAAGGUGAUGCUGACCUGCCGGGGCUCUGGCGCGCCCAGCCCCACCAACUGGUACGUCAAUAGGCAGUUCCAGCAGCAGACAGAAUCCGACCACAUCUACGUCUCCAAACACCACCCCGGGAGCAGCAGCUACCAGUGCAGCAGCCCUGGCGCUGGGCUCAGCCCCCCCAUCACCCUGAGCUUCUCAAAAGACUGGCUGGUGCUGCAGGUGCCAGCGCAGGCACUGCUGGAGGGGGAUGCGUUGCUGCUGCGCUGCCGGGCCUGGAAGAACACGCAGAUCACCCAGGUGCAGUUCUUCCGCGAGUGGGAGGCGCUGGGGGGGUCCUCCCCGGAGGCCAAACUGCUCCUGCCCCUGCUGCAGCUGCACCACAGCGGGCGCUACCACUGCCAGGCCAAGGUGAACCACAUCCUGCCCACACGGCACGAUUCAGCGCCAGUGACGGUGGCGGUGCAAGAGCUCUUCUCGGUGCCGGUGCUGCGCCUGGAAGGCCCGGUCGAGCCCCCCGAGGGAGCCCCCCUGGCCCUGCGCUGCCUCAGCCACCCCAGCCCCCUGCGGCCCCUUGCCCGACUCCAGCACCUCUUCUACCGGGAUGAGGUGGUGGUGGGGGGACCCCAGGGCUCCCCCCAGUUCCAGCUGCCGGCCGUGGGGCUGUCACACUCAGGGAGCUACUCCUGCGAGGUGCAGACAGAGACGGCCAGCGUGCGGAAACGCAGCACCCCGGUCACCAUCACAGUGCGCAGGGUCCCAGUCUCCGGGGUGUCCCUGGUGGCCCAGCCCCCCGGGGGACAGGUGGCAGAGGGUGACCGCCUGGUGCUGGGCUGCUCGGUGGCCGCGGGGACGGGGCCCCUCUCCUUCUCCUGGCACCGGCAGGGCUCGGCCGCACCACUGGCCACGGGCCCCCGCUACGAGCUCAGCGCCGUGCACCAGCGGGAUGGCGGCCGCUACCACUGCACGGCCACCAAUGGCGGCUCCGCAGCCGACAGCCCGCCGCUGUGGGUCACCGUCCUGGUGCCGGUGGCAGGUGCCACCAUCACAAUGGCGAGGACAGAGCCAUCGGUGCCAGUGGGCGAGAGCCUCAACCUGAGCUGCUUGCUGCGCGCGGGCACCACGCCGGUGACCUUCACCUGGCUGCGGGACGGGCAGGAGCUGGGCUCGGGGCCUGUCCUGUCCCUGGGGACUGUGGGGCCGGCACACGCUGGGACCUACCACUGCCUGGCCACCAACCGCCUCGGCGCCCACCGCGUCUUCCAGGCGCUCAGCCCAGCGCUGGCACUCUCGGUGACGCAGCCGGGAUGGGGACGGUGGCAGCAGGCUGUGGCCGUGGGGCUCAGCGUGCCCCUCCUGCUCCUGCUCCUGCUCGGUGCUGCCAUAGCCUGGCACCUCCGGCACCGGCACCGGCACCGCGCGGCCGCCGGGGACCGCGGGAAGAGCUGGGGCAGGGACCCCACGGCCCCUCCGGGGCCCGAGAGUCGCCGGCCGGAGCCCACAGCUCCCCCCGCGGCUCCGGGAGACGAGGAGGUGCUGUACACCGACGUUGUGGUCACCGGGCGGGGCGGGGGCACCUCCCCGUCCCGCUCACGGCCCCCCCGGGGCUCCCCCCGCCCCGGGCCCCCGCGGGAGCCGCCCGUCACCUACGCGGUGCUGCCGGGGCCCCACGCGCGGCUGCGGCUCCCGAGCGACACCUACGAGAACGUCCCGUGA